AUGGUCGCGUAUCCGACGAAUGUCAGCACUUCAAAUGGCGAUGUCGCGUGCGCAACAUGGAGCGCAUGUAUUACACGAUGCCGAUUCUAUCCGAGAAUUCCCGGAUCUGCCUCCGGCCACCGAGACCGCGUACGGGGGCGGGAGCGGAAGCAGCAGCGGGACAAAAUAGCGAUUGCCUGCGACCCCGAGAGCGAUUUGAACGGGUUUCAUUGGUCGAACGCGAUCACCAUACUCCAUGACAAUGAACAGUUCCUCAAGAUACCUUAUUAUGGAGAUAUCAGGGUGAGAAUAGCAAAUACGGCUUGUGCGACGAUCGUCUUAUUGGAAUCUGUUAGUCAAGUGGAGAUCAGUGCCAGAGACAUCAGAGUUCGUCUCCUCAUGCAGGAAAUCAACAAUACGGAGGCUUCUGUUGGCGGAAAAAUCACCGGAACCACGUCGGUACCUGGUAAUAAACGCACAGCUAAACCUAACAGCUCGGAAUGCCUGGGAAGAUCUCAGUCGGACACUUCGAUCGUUGAUGCGAACAAAUGUGCGCCCAAUGUUAACAAAAUGUCUUCGUUAGCUGAACAUCGCACUUGGCAGGGAUCCAGACGAGGUUGGUCUGACACUGAUUUGUCUGUACUUUCUGCGACUGCCAAAGAGAUGAUAGCGCAUACUUUGCCGAUGCGAGACGUUUGGACUUCGAUCACGUUCAACGCGUUUGUGAAAUCUUUCGUGUUGGUAUUCGUUUCUGACGUCGAUUUCGACACCAAAGAAAAAUGGGAGCUGAUGAGUCUCGUAUGUGAUAAUGUCGUAUGCACGGCGGUGCAAAUUGAAGUAGGUAUACUUUUUUUUCAAGCAUAUAUAAAAAAUGGGGUCAAGUGA